AUGGCCCAUAUGCCUGAGCCUGGAGCGAGCACUGACAACCUCGCCGCGGAUCCCUUUACUAAUGGACACAAGAAUACCAGCCACCUACACUUCGAAGAGCCACGUCGCAGCGCGUACUCGCUGACGGACCCCGGGGCUGCCGAUGACGACUCGUCCUACUACGGCGCACCGACCCGGGAGGACGACGAUGAUGAGCUAGAGAAGGAGCCUCUCGCGAAGGGCGAGGUCUUCACCGGAGGCUUCUACCCGCCAGCCGCGAUCAAUCCAGACGAUUUUGGCAUGCCGCCCAUGCGCCCCGGUAUGCCCAAUCGGCCAUACUCGACCGCGUCGUCGCACUCCACGGGUGCAGAAACGGCGUGGCGCCGGCGGCAGACGAUCAAGCGCGGCGUAACGAAGAAGGUCAAGCUCGUGAACGGCAACUUCAUCACGGAAUAUCCGGUCCCGACUCCCGUGUAUUCCGCCAUCGAAAGCAAAUAUACGGCGGACAGCAAAAAUAAUGAGUUCUCCCACAUGCGUUACACGGCUGCAACGGUUGACCCGGAUGACUUCCAUGAGGCCGGCGGCUGGUCUUUGCGGACAAAGAUGUACAACAGGCAGACAGAGCUCCUCAUCGCGGUCACCUCGUAUAACGAGGACAAGACGCUGUACGCGCGCACGCUGCAUGGCGUGAUGAUCAACAUUCGCGACAUUUGUAAGACCAAGCAGAGCAAGUAUUGGCGUAGGAGCGCGGAGGAGGGUGUUCCACCAUGGCAGAGGAUCACCGUCGCGCUGAUCGUCGAUGGGUUGGAACCGAUGGACAAGACAGUACUCGAUCUCCUGGCAACCGUGGGCGUGUAUCAGGAUGGUGUCAUGAAGAAGCAAGUAGAUGGAAAGGACACCGUCGCCCAUAUCUUUGAGUACACCACCCAGCUCUCGGUGAGCGCGAAGCCGGAGCUCAUCCUGCCGCAAGGCGAAGAUCCCAACAACCUCGUUCCAGUGCAGAUCAUCUUCGUCAUCAAAGCGAAGAACCAAAAGAAGAUCAACUCGCAUCGUUGGUUGUUCAAUGCUAUCGGAAAGAUGCUUGAGCCCGAGAUCUGUGUUCUCAUUGAUGCAGGUACCAAGCCGGGCCACAAGUCGAUCUACUACCUUUGGGAAGCGUUCUACAACGACCCCAACCUCGGUGGCUGCUGUGGAGAGAUCCAUGCAAUGAUUCAAGGAGGCAAGAAGUUGAUCAACCCAUUGGUCGCGGCACAGAACUUCGAGUACAAGAUGUCGAAUAUCCUCGAUAAGCCGCUCGAGUCGUCUUUCGGAUACGUGUCCGUGCUUCCCGGAGCCUUCUCCGCCUACCGCUACCGCGCUAUUCAGGGUCGGCCGCUCGAGCAGUACUUCCACGGCGAUCACUCGCUGGCGGAUCGUCUGGGGCCGAAGGGUAUCAACGGUAUGGGCAUCUUUACCAAGAACAUGUUCUUGGCAGAGGACCGUAUCCUGUGCUUCGAGCUCGUGGCCAAGGCGAAGAACAGGUGGACGCUCACGUACGUCAAGCCGUCUAAGGCUGAGACGGACGUGCCGGAGUCUGCUGCAGAGCUUAUCGGCCAGCGCCGUCGUUGGCUCAACGGCUCAUUCGCCGCUUCCAUCUACGCGGUGUACAACUUCUUCCAGGUAUAUCACUCCGGGCACGGCAUCAUCCGCAUGUUCUUCCUGCACAUUCAGGCCUUGUACAACGUCUUUUCGCUCUUCUUCUCUUGGUUCGCCCCUGCAAACCUUUGGCUCACGUUCAGUAUCGUCAUCGACCUUACGACUACGCAAGGCAUCGAAAUCUUUGGAACUCAGGGUGCUACGUUAUGGGUCAAUCAAGCCUUCAAGUGGCUGUGGUUGUCACUGCUUGCCCUUCAGUUUGUGCUUGCUCUUGGUAACCGGCCGAAAGGAGAGAAGAUGGCGUACACGGUCACUUUCGCGCUCUACGCCGUCUUGUCGCUGUACCUUAUCGUGUGCUCGUUUGCCCUCACAGGCCAGGCCAUCAAGAACAUUCCGUCUGAGCUCAGCAAACUAUCCGACCAGAGUGUGGGAUCGAAGAUCCUGUUCUUCUUGAAGCCACCUGUCGGUUCAUUGGUCGUCGCCUUGAUAUCUACCUUCGGUAUCUACUUCUUUGCGUCGUUCCUCUACCGCGACCCCUGGCACAUGUUCAGCAGUUUCCUCCAGUACCUGCUCCUAGCCCCGUCGUUCACCAAUAUCCUCAACGUCUACGCGUUCUGUAACUUGCAUGAUGUAUCUUGGGGUACGAAGGGUAGCGACAAGGCCGACGCACUGCCAUCCGUGAAGGCGACCAAGGGCAAAGAGGGCGAAAAGGUCGUCGAAGAUAUGGCGCGGAUGCAGGAGGAUCUCGACGCUGUCUUCAAGGAGACCGUUACACGCGCUCUGACCAAGCUCGAUACUACGGAGGCACCCGAGAAGCCGACACUGGACGACCAAAAUAAGACGUUCCGUACCCGAUUGGUUGCGUUCUGGAUGUUCACGAAUGCGGCAUUGUCUAUUGGGAUUGCUUACAUCGACGGUCUUCCGCAAAUGCUCACAAGCGACAAUAUCAACGCGUUGAUCAAGAGCUGCGACCCGACCAAGUCCACAGAUGUGUUUGACAAGUGUAUGGACGAUGCUCUGCUAGAGCAGCAGACCGACAUUCACGAGAAGCAAUCCAUAUACUUCGCCUUCAUCCUUUACUCGACGUUCGGCCUCUCUGCCGUACGGUUCAUUGGAUGCUUGUUCUACUUCUUCAAGAGGAACCUCUUCCGCUGCUUCAGGCGCUCGUAA